GCGGCCGCCCCCGGCCUCUGUGCCGGGAGGGCCGGGCCGGGGCCCCGCGAGCGCACGGGACGGCCUCGCCAGCUGCCGCCAGCGUGGGUACCUGUUCUCUGAGUGAGAGGCCACUGCUCUCACAGGCUCCCAGCUAGGACGUCUGGUCACCACCCCCCACCCCCACCUGGAACAGCCUCACCCAGGGUGCCAGCCCACCCAGUGGCCCUUAUGAAGUGGUGACCACUCCGAACAGCAGGGGUGGAAGAUGGUACCAGUCAACCCUGAGCCGGAGGAGGAGCCCGCAGCCGCUGCCGCGAGAUGGAGGAGCCCACGCCUGAGCCCGUCUACGUCGACGUGGACAAAGGACUGACGUUGGCCUGCUUCGUCUUCCUCUGCCUCUUCCUCGUCGUGAUGAUCAUCCGCUGCGCCAAGGUCAUCAUGGACCCCUACAGCGCCAUCCCCACGUCCACCUGGGAGGAGCAGCAUCUGGACGACUGAGGCGCGGGCGGGGCUGCGCGGCGGGACCGAGACCCAGGAGCUGGCCGGGCAGAGGUGCCCCGGGAUGCGCCUCUGUGUUCCCGGGCCACCGGCCCGCCAGCCUGUGGAGGCCAGGAUGGAUCUGGGCCCCCGUGGCCUCUCACACGAGCACCAGAGUGAAAUGCUGGGUGAUGCGGGUGUUGCAGUGGUGGGCCAGUCUGCGGAUAAGAGCACUGGACCCGGAGUCAGGCUGCCCGAGGUCCAGUCUGGGGGAUCACUGUGAGACCAUGGGGCGGUCACCUUCCCCCGCUCCUGUGCGCCUUGUGGAACUGGACGCAGGACAGACACCCACCGUCGCCCAGCCGUGGUCCGGUUUUGAGGAGACUCUUGCCCUUAACAUGCAAAGUAGCACACACACUAGCCCUGGAGGCUCCCAGCCCCAAUGUCCCACCUGAACCCAAGCCCCUUCGCAACGGGCCAGAAAUGGAGCAGGUGGUGAAGCGUAAGGCGUGAGUCUCCCCCAGAUUCACAAAAGGCACACGGGCUGCUUCCCAGCAGUAUUUUUUUAAACUAAAAUAUAGAGGGGUAUAUUUUUCCUGUUAUAAGUGAAAUGUGCAUUUUAGAAGUUCGGGAAAUUACAGAAAAAAAUACAAAUAAAGGGGGAGAGUAACACGUGUAAUCCCACUUCCCAGAGCCACCGUUCUGAUGUAUUUCCUCCCAGCCUUUUUUACACGUAUUUUUUAAAGUCAGUUUCAUACCAUGUGCAUGAUGUAUCACUUCAUAUUCGAGCAUGAACACGUUCUCGUUUCAUCAAACACUCUUCAUAGCCAUCAUUUUUACUGGCUGCAGAGUAGUCCAUCCAGUGGAUGGGUCAUAAUUUAAAAAUCAUCUGCUUUGGUCAUACUUUUUUUUUUUUUUCACUAACUAUUCCUCACACAAAAUUAUUUCACCCAGUGACCUCUUGAGAGCGCACAGUCUAGGAGGUGAAUAUAAGACAGGAAGACCUGGAGUCUAGUCCUGUCAGUCACUCUAAGGCUCUGUGACCUUGAGCAAGUCACUUGACUUCUCAGUGCCUCAGUUCCCUCAUUUUACAAUGGGGAGGAAAAGCCCUGCCUUUUUGGUUUUGUGUAAACCUCAUGGGAAUGAAAGGACAGGAGGGGGAGUGCUUUGAAUGUACAUGUGCCCUGGGGAGAGGCAAGGACUAAGUUGUGAUAAUGACUCUUCCUGGGGCCUCCCUUCUCCCUCUUUUCCCACCCUUCUGACCCCUCCCACCUCAUCACCUACACCUAUGAUCUUGCAGCAAGAAUAUUGAACCAGCGCCCCACAAACUUGGUCCCAAGUCCAACUCCUCUGCUUCUUUGCUGUAUGACCUCAAAUAACUCAGCCUCUCUGAGCCCCAAUUUCCUCAUCUGUAAAAUGGGAGAAUAAUAUCUACCUCACAAGGUUGUUGUGAGGAUGAAAUGAGAGAACAUGGCAAACAUUAGUGUCUUUUCUUGAUGCCAGCCCCCACCCCAGGAGAAGUCAGGGGUCUGAGCUGGGAGGAGUAGAGGCUCUAUAUUCCCCCACUCCCUGCAGAGCUUGGAACCCUGGGCUCUUCUCAACUUCCCAGGGCCACCUCUGACAGGCCAAACCUCCUGGCUAGGACCCCUGGUCAGAGGAAUACUCACAGCAACCUCUCCCAGCACCUGACCUCCAGGGAUAUGGUGUCCAUUCAUUUACAUAAUUAUCAUUGUAAUUUGCAGUCCCACAAACACAAUAUGAAGUUAAACUAGACCGCUUGAACUCCUCCUUCUGAAUGCAUUUAUUCCAUCCCUCCCAAGCAUGCCUGCCGUCCCCAUCAGAAGAAACUUGCAGCUGAGAAGAAGUUCAAGGCUCCCUUUCCAUCAUCUGCAUCCCAGCCAUGGGUCUCACUCCAUCCCAGGUCACCUGGGAAAUGGGUUUCCAAAGCACUGUCACCACUAGGUGACUCCUGAAAAUGAACAAGGCCAUAGCUGUUCAGGCGGCAUUCCAGGUCAUAGCCAGCUGUUUCCCCCCACUGUGUGGGACGCACAAAGGGACAGCUGGCAAAGGCGUGGACCAAGGUGCACUGGAGACUCUGAGUGAGGGGAGGACCUAGAGCAAGGACCUUGAACAUUGCCUCCGACCCAGCGGCAGCCUACGCUCUGCAGCCUACCUCAGAGACACCAGGCACUUGCGUGAGAAGCUCAUCGGCGUGGAUUUACAAUGUCAGUCACGGCCAACUCCCAGGCAGUUAAUAACAGAUCCCAGGGAACAAGAAGAGGUCUUGAAGAACUCACCUGGAGAUACUUUAGAGCUCUCAGGAGUGAAACACAGGCUGCCCGAGGGCUGUGCUACUCAAACCAUGAUGAAGGACAAAGAGCGUCUGCGAUGUUAAGGAGCGGGUUAGAAAUCCAAAAUCAUGGACCCUGCUCCAGACCCACAGAGUCAUAAUCUCUGGAGGCGGGGCCCAGGAGUCUGUUAGCAAGAUCCGCCAAGCGAUUUGUAUGCACAUUAAAGUUUGAGAAGCACUGCCCUGGGGAUCCUUUGGUCUCAAUUAAUUCUUUUUCACACCUAGAUCUGCUAAUAUUUCCCACCCUAUCUCUUGACUCUUUUUUUGGUGGCAAAGGGAAAUAAUAACAUUUCAAGAAAAGAUGGAAAAUUUCAAAAUCACUCCUAAUCCAAGCCUCCAGACAAUAGUGAUUUCCAUUGUGUGCCCAUGUGUGCUCUUCUAAUCCUUGUCAACAUGCGAGAUAUAUUUUUUUCAUAAAUGCCAUCAGUUACAUAAUUUAGAGCAACAUCUCCUAACAUCACAUCAUAAGCACGUUUCUGCUACAGUAUCCCAUUUAUCAUUUUAGUAGCUAUAACCCAUGCCAUCCAGUGCAUGUACAUAAUUAUCCAGACUCCUAUUAUUAAGUGCUUGGAUUGCUUUCAUUUUUCCUAUUACACAUGUUUCAAAAUAAAAAAAGAAAGCAAAAGAGAGAUAUGAUGAACCCUAGGGGCUUGCCCAGAUGGUGGAGAAUAAAUAUUUAAAUUAUACCCCUACCACCUUAGAGACACAUCAGGGAGGGAGACCCAGCUACACAUUUGAUCACAUUAUGGGGGGAAACACAACUGAAAUUUCAAGCUUCUGUUGCUGCUUUAUGCCGCUAACAGAUGGGGGAGCUGUCCUUUGUAAUCAGAGCACCUUCACCAGUUCUAGCUGGCUGAGAUGAAGUUUGGGGUUUUGAAUGGAGAGAUAUACUGUCCAGCAAAAGAAAGGAGAAUUUUUGAAGACUGGAAGCGGGCAGAGAGAAAAUAAAAGCAUCAGAGAGA